UAGCAACCAGAGCAGUGACAGUAGCAACCGUCGGAAUGGCAAAAGCAACAACAAUCAAAGAAGCCCUAGCCAGAUGGGAAGAGAAAACCAGUCAGAAGCCAUCCGAAGCCAGAGAGAUAAAGCUGUAUGCCCAGAUUCCCCCUAUAGAGAAGAUGGAUGCGUCCUUGUCCACGCUUUUUAAUUGCGAGAAGCUUUCACUGUCUACAAACUGCAUUGAAAAAAUUGCAAACCUGAAUGGCUUAAAAAACUUGAGAAUAUUGUCUUUAGGAAGAAACAACAUAAAGAACUUAAAUGGACUGGAAGCAGUAGGGGACACGUUAGAAGAACUGUGGAUCUCCUACAAUUUUAUUGAGAAGCUGAAAGGGAUCCAUGUAAUGAAGAAAUUGAAGAUUCUUUACAUGUCUAAUAACCUGGUGAAAGACUGGGGUGAAUUUGGGAAGCUGGCAGAACUACCAUGCCUAGAAGACCUGGUGUUUGUAGGCAAUCCCUUGGAAGAGAAACAUUCUGCUGAAGGGAACUGGAUUGACGAGGCAACCAAGAGAGUACCCAAACUGAAAAAGUUAGAUGGUACCCCAGUAAUUAAAGAGGAUGAGGAAGAAGAUAACUAACACCACAAUUUCCACUUUGUGUAACUUAUUUAAAUGUCAUAAGAACAAUAGAUAAGUUUUGUAUAGUUGUCUAUUUUAAAGAUUCUGUGUGGGGCAAAUGGUUCUUAAGAUAAAACAAAUCUUUCAUUCCUUUUUUUCUCAUAACCUAUUCAGUGUUUCUCCCCAAAAUGAUAACACCAACUUUAUAUAUUCUAGUUCUCUUUUUAGAAGCUAUAAAUUUUCAAUUUUUGUCUUCAGUCCCAGUUAUGUACUGCGUGGCCCCAUCUACUGAAACCUUUAUAGACCAGUCAUUUUUAACAAAGGAACAAAUGUGAUUCUUUAUUCAGUUCGUUCAUUUUUGUUUCUGUUUUUUUUUUUUUUAGGCCAGGCAUUUAAAUAUAUACACUUAACUUUUGAAUAUGUAGGCCAUUUUUCUUGAAGGUCCAUCUCUUUAUGACUCAGAAGCACAAAUGUGUCAUGCCUUUGGUUUGGGAAGAGCUCCUCUUAGAAAUAUAGCAGCAGUCCUAGAAUCAAGACUCCAAAGUCCAGUUUGAAAAACUAUGGUGAAAAAA